AUGGGCAACCCAACCCACUUGACCUAUGGUUCCCUCACCCCCCCAAGUGAGCACCUCCUUGGCACGACCUACGUCGUCGCCACUCUUUCCUCCCUCCGCCGUGAUUGCGCCCUCCUCGCCUGCGGAUCCCACCGCCCCGAGUGCAUCACCGCCCCCCGUCGCCGUGACACACCGUCGCUGCCCCCCCCCCCCCCCCCUCCCUCUUCUCCCCCCCCUUUUUUCCGCCGCCGCGCCUUCUCUGGCGCUGCAUGCGCAUCCCGCCGCGACGCCUCGUCGCCGCCUCCUCCUCCCCCUGCCGCGACCCCCCGUCGCUGUCUCCCUCCCGCCGCUGCGCCUACUUCGGCGUCGCCCGCGCAUCCCUCCGCCGCGACUCCCCGUUGUUGCCUGCCCCUCCGACUGCCGCGACGUCGCGUCGCCGCCUCCUCCUACCGACGCCGCGCCUUCCUCGGCGCCGCCUGCGCAUCCCGCCGCCGCGACGCCCCGUCGUCGCCUCCCGUCCCGCCGCCGCGAUAUCGCGUCGCCGCUUGCGCUCCCCAUUGCCGCGACCCCCCCGUCGCCGCCUACGCAUCCCGCCGCCGCGACCCGCUCGUCGUCGCCUGCACGAUCCGCCUCCGCGACUUCGCGUCGCCGCCUGCGCAUCUCGCUGCCGCGACCUUCUCGUCGCCGCCUGCACGACCCGCCGCCGCGACUUCGCGUCGCCGCCUGCACGACCCGCCGUCGCGACUUCGUCUCGCCGCCUGCGCACCUCGCCGCCGCAACCUUAUCGUCGCCGCCUGCACCCCUUGCCGCCGCGACCUAAAGUCGCCGCCCGCGCGACCUUUGCCGCGACCUUCUCGUCGCCGCCCUCACAUCCCGUCGCCGCGACCUAAAAAUCGCCGCCCCCGCAUCCUACCGCCGCGACCUGCUCGUCGCCGCCCGCGCAUCCCACGGUCGCGCCUUCCUCGUCGCCGCCCGCGCAUCCCACCACCGCGCCCUCCCCGUUGCCGCUUGCUCAUUCCGCCGCCACGACUCCCUCGUCGCCACCAGCCGCUCCAGGAUGCCGCCGAUGCCGCAUUUCUCCACGAUCGCCGCGAAUACCUCAUCCGCAAGGCGGAGCAUGAGGUUGCGGUACAUAACCACGACUUCGCGGUAGCGGAACGCGCCAAUCGCCUGGCGCUCCUUGAUGAGUACAAUACGGCCAUGGCGGACUACCUCCCUCGGAGCAUCGCAUGGGCCACUGCCGAUAACCGCGCCUGCACCGUCCUCCUCGGCGCACUUCCUGGUACCCUCAUGCGCCGUUUCCAAGCUCGCGAGAUGCGCGCCUCCCUCAACUGGGCCGAGCUCCAGGCGAUGUUCGAGCGUCGCGACAUCAGCUCUGUCGGCGCCCUGUUCCAGGAGUACUUCUCCAUCACCCUCGCCACUUGUGAUGGCGCAAUUGACUACGUGGGGCGCAUGCAGGAGGUCGCUGAUCCCCUUGCGGCACGCCAAGCUGCCCUCCCCGAGCCUCUGCAAAUCCACCGCCUCCUCUACAACCUCACCCCGGACUACGAGUCCCGCCUCCAUGCCUUCACUGAGGCCAACCCCAUGGCCGGCCUCGACGACGUGGUCCAGUGGAUCAUUGACACGGAGGUCAAGCUCCGUAUCCCCGUUGUCAACCUUACCACCCCCCAGUCCUCCUCCUCCACCUCCCUCAACGCUACGCAGCCGCGCAACCAAGGUGGUCGCAGCGGCGGCAGUGGAGGCCGUGGAGCGGGUGGCGGUGGUGGUGAUGGAGGCCGUGGUGGUGGCGGUGGUGGUAGUGGUGGCCGUGGUGGCCGUGGUGCUGGUGGAGGUGGUACUGGCAGCGCCCCUGCUGGAGGACCUUCCUGUUCUGGUGGUGCUGUGGCUCGAGGCGGACGCCCUGGCACUCUCCCCCCAUGCACAUAUGUGCGCCGCCAUGGUCCCCAUGCUGGUACCCCCUGCGGCUAG